AUGCUGAAUACAAAGGGAACAAAUUUAGCACCAAGACAAGCACCUUCUCCAAUAGCAAUAGCUUUAUCUCCUACUUCUCCAGGUACUACUCCACAAAAACCACAUCACCAGCAACAUCAAUAUCAACAACAUCAUCAUCAACAACCGCAACAACAACGUCGUAUGAUGAUAUCAAAGACAACAACAACAGCUGCUUCUUCUCCUCCUGGGACUACCAAUUUAGUACCCAAAGGAGUAUCUCAAAUAGUUACAUCAAGAGAAUGGGUUCUACCUCCAAGACCUAAACCAGGAAGGAAGCCAAGUGUGGAUACUCCUGCUUCUAAGAGAAAGGCACAAAAUAGAGCUGCUCAACGUGCAUUUAGAGAAAGAAGAGCAACAAGAGUUCAAGAAUUAGAACAGAAACUUAUGGAAGUUGAAAAAGAGAAAGAUAUUAAAGAAAUGGGAUUACUUAAUACUAUAAAUAAAUUAAAAGUAGAGAACCAAUUUUUGUUAAAGAGUUUGGAACAACUUAGACAAGAUGUCAAUCAAAUGAAGAACUCAUCCCAAUCAAGAUAUCAACAAGUACAGCCACAACAACAACAGCAAGUACGGAGUAGAGGAUCACCGAGUGGACAACAACAAAAUUCAAAACCUACUUUCUCAUUAGGUGAUCGUAGCAAUCAUGCAUCACCAAUGAAUACAUCAUCACCUUCUAGUUCAACAUAUUCAGUCCAACAAAUAUCACCUGCUCCAUCUGCAGAUUCUCCUCCACUGUCAUCCUAUAAUCAUUCUGUCCAACCAAAACUUCUACCUGCGACAGCUGCUACAUUGACUCCAAUGUCAAAGAAUAGUUCUCCAGAUAAACCAGCUUCUUCAAUAGAUACAUCAAACUUUGAUUGUGGUAUUUGUCUUAAGGAUGAAUGUUUAUGUGAAUCAGUUGGAUUAAAAGAUCCCGUUAAAAAGACAACCAAUAAUAAUGAUAUUGAAAAGAAUUUACAAGCACAACUUGAUUCAUUCCAAUCAAUGCCAGCAGUUUCAUUAUCAUCCAGAAAGAGAAAGAUUGUCUCAACUGAUGAAGUUCAAGAAAUCGAUUUCACAAAACAAUUUUCAACAAAGACAAAACCAAUGCCUGAUUUAAAGAAAUUGAAAAAAUCAUCACACAGCCACAACCACAAUACAUCUAUGCCUCCACCUUCUAGUGAAAUAACUUCCAAUUUUGAUGAAGGUUCCCCCGUAGAAAAUUGUGGAUUUUGUUCAGAUGAUACCCCAUGUGUAUGUCGAGAAGCUGCCAAAGAAGCAGCCAGGUUGAAUAAUUCCUUAAAUGAACCAAUUCAAGAAUCUAAUGAAGAAAUGGAUCAUCUUGAAAUGAAUCAUAGCACACUCCCACCAAUUCAAUACAAUAACAACAAAUCCAAUAAUUUUUCAAGAGCAGCAUUACACGUCAUGCAUCCUGGUCCAUCGGUUGAAAUUAGAGAGAUUACGAAUUUGACUCCAGGUGCAGUUCCGACAGUAUUAUCAUCCAGACGUAAUAAUAAUGAUUCUUCUACUACGUUGAUGACAAAUGAUUCUAGUAGUGAAAAUAAUGAAUGCACGGGUAAUCCAGGUACUUGUCGUCAAUGUCAACUUGAUCCAAUGUCAACAUUAUUCUGCACAACUGUGGCCAGUAAGAAUGAAGGAACCAAUAGUCCAGCAAAAACAUCAUCCAUUUCAAGAACUAGUUCUUCACUGGUGAUAUCAUCGGGCAUGCAACCGCUCUUGGCGGCCGCUAAUGCCGCUGCAGCUGCAUCGAAUUCUACAACUGCUCCAGCUACCCCGGUGGCUACUAGUUUGAGUAAUGGAAAUAGCACCAGUAUGAACUCUACCAAUCUGGGGAUUUUUAUUCCUUGUGCUGAUGCAUAUAAGACAUUGUCUCGUCAUAAGAAAUUUAAUUCGGUGGAUUUUGGGACUUUGGUUGGAAAAUUGACAACUAGGGGUAUGCAAGUUGAAGUGCAAUCUGUGGCUAAUGUUUUACGUGAAUUAGAUAGACGGUUAUAUAAUUAG